AUGGUUGCCAUCGUGGCUGAUGUAGUGAAUCGACCGCCGCUGGUCGUCGUCGUCGCUCUUUAUCUCAGCAUAUCACUCGCUCUCUACCCCUUCCUGGCAUCCUCUCCCCGCCCUCCCACUCCAAUGUACCACGGUAUCCCAUUUACUUUGUUGGGCAAGCGCUGUGAGCUGUCUGUGGAUGCAUGCCCUACACCAGUGUGCAAUUGCAAGGCCGAUGAAUCAUGCCAGAUUAUUUUCCGGACGUGUGAUCAAUGCGACAAGGUGAUCUGCACUCCAAACUCGAGGCCCGCAAGCGGAUCGAUUAGUGAAGGAGCGGUAGCAGGGGCCGUCGUCAGCUGCGUAGUGGUCACCGCACUGCUCGCCGCCAUGCUCUGGUUUCUCCGACGUCGACGGGCAGCACGCAAAGCAGCCCAGGUGAUCGCUGCCAAACGAGCGACCCCGUACACCGUCGAAGGCGGUCCCACUGGCACUCCUGUCGGGACACCCGCUGGCGAAAAGCCGCCCACACUGCUCAGCACACCUGCCUCACCGCGUACUCCCAACGCCAAUGCCAACGGCACGAGUCACACACUCCAUUACGCCGCAUCGGACAUUAACCUCGAUCCUUUUGCAGACGCACUCUCGGUCCGCAGCGGAAACUCCUCUCAUGUGAUUCCUAUUGCCUAUGUCCCCCCGAACUCGGCCAGCAUGUCCCUCGCAGACGGUCAUCGCCAAUCGGUUACCAGUCUUCCUCCCUCGAGACCCCACCGAUCACCUGAUCUCAACCUUAAGCUCGAACCUCCCAAAUCUGCAGCUUCUCGCUUGUCCGUCGGCCAAGACCUGCGUCCUCCACGAUUCUCUAGUCCCUACGCUGCGAGCCAGCGUUCUGGCGCCUCUCGCGCAUCGACCAUCUCCAGUGUUGGCAGCUUCAUGUACAGCGACACCCCCGUCGUCGUCUCCCAAGCCCAGGGAGGAGUCCGUCAAGUUCUCGGAGUCGCACGUCCAGCAGUCGUUCAGGUCCCUGCCGCAGGGCUCAGCAGUGGUCCGCCCACACCAGGCUCAGGUACAGGCGCAGAUCUCAUCCGUAGUUUCUCACAGCGGAGCAAGAAGAGUGCCGGUACCGUCCCUCCCCUCCCUGAAUUCCCGCCCGAACACAUCGCCGAGCGAUCGCCGUUCUCGCCCGAGAGCGAAGGUGGAGACCCAUUUGCGGACAAGGAAAACGAGACGGCUAGUUACUCUGUGCGCUCUGUCAACACUUUUGGACAACCCGGUGUGCCAGGACGAGACAUUCGAGCAUCCAAGUCCCCAGUCCAACCCAAUUCUACCACCUUCCUGGCCGAACCGGUGGGGUACGACAGUCGUCCGAGCAGUAUUGGAACUGUGAUUGAAGGAGAGGCGCACAGGGUCGUAUUGGGCAGUGCAUCAGCAAGUGAAGAAGAUAUAAACACCCUUCCCCCCGUUCCUGUACGUCGCACAUCAGGAGCAAGUGUUGCGGAUUCGAUCCUCGCUGGCUUCCCAUUCGUCCCCCCUAGUCCGGUCGGCCAGGGCGCCGAAUCUACAAACCUUAGACCCGGUUCGCUCGCCAUGUCCGUUUCCGAAUCUCUCGCAGACCACAACCCUCCGCCUGUCCCUCCCGUCCCAACACUAUCCGAGCUCGCACGACAAGAAGAAGAAGCACUCGAACAGGGCCAAGUUGCUCGUCUUCCACCUUCGAGACACACGCUUGGAAUGUCCACGUUCUCAAGUGCGUCGGGUGUAUCGUCUUCUGGUCUCGAAGCGUUCCCGUUCCAAUUCGGCCCGGCAGGCGGAGCCCCGCGAGACUCGCUGGAUACUAACGUCGACGUCGACUUGGGCGCUGUAGGCGGCAAACAAAUCGUUCGAGCGAGCUUGGAUACCUUGGCACUCAGCCGGGACGUAGAAGCUUUCCCAUUGCCCGAAUCAGGAUACACUGUCAAACGAUCAUAA